AGGCCCGGAACUGGCAGGGCCGGCCCGGAGGAGGAGCGGGGAGGAGAGCGCUGGGAUGGCGGCGCCCGCAACGCUGCGGAAGAGCGUGGUGUCCCCCGCGGGCAGGCACACCGCCUCCCUCAUCUUCCUGCACGGCUCAGGUGAUACUGGCCAAGGAGCAAGAGCAUGGAUAAAACAAAUUUUGAAUCAAGACAUGGCUUUCCAACAUAUAAAAGUUAUUUACCCAACGGCUCCUGCCAGGCCAUACACACCUAUGAAGGGAGCCUUUUCCAAUGUGUGGUUUGACAGGUAUAAGAUUUCUAAUGACUGUCCUGAACACAUUGAAAGUGUUGAUUCCAUGUGCCAGCAGCUUACAGACUUGAUCAAUGAUGAGAUUAAGAAUGGCAUUGCAAAGAAUAGGAUACUAAUAGGUGGCUUUUCAAUGGGAGGUGGAAUGGCAAUGCAUGUAGCAUAUAGGUUUCAUCAGGAUCUGGCAGGAGUCUUUGCACUGUCUAGUUUUCUCAAUAAAGACUCUGCUGUUUACCAGGCUUUGAAAAGAAAUGAAAGUGUUCUUCCGGAGUUAUUUCAGUGUCAUGGAACUGCUGAUGACCUAGUUCUCUACUCAUGGGGUGAAGAGACCAACAAGAUGUUAAAGUCACUGGGGGCAUCAGCAUCACUUCAUACUUUUCCAAAUCUCAAUCAUGAGUUAAGCAGAACUGAAAUAGAAAAACUAAAAUCCUGGAUUGAAAAGAAAUUGCCUGUUGAAGCAGCAAAGGCAAAUGAAUAAAAGAAGAUCCAGCCUCAUGUAAUUCUUGAUUUUUGUGGGUUUAAGAUCACAUGUGGGAGGUAUAUGGGUGUCCCAUAUCCAUUAUAUAAGCACAGCUGCAAAGUAGACACUCUUAUCGUCCAUAAAGUUCACCUAAGGGGUAAAAUGAUGGCACUGACUAUUAAAACUCAUUUUAUUAUAUGGGUU